CGGGGCCAACAUGGCGGCCUCCCAGAGAGGUUAAGAACUCGCGGCUAGGACAACCGUGGCUGUGAUGAGGGCGGCAGAGUGGCAACUUCUACGCCGUAGAUGGGAGAUGGUGGAGGGUGACCAGGCACCAGCUCCCAGUCUUCACAGAGUGCCCUACACUGGAGCUUGCGUCCUCGCAGCUGGAGAACGAAGAGAGAAGGUGCUGGCUGGGUGAAGCUGCGGCUCUCUGCCUCGCUGGGCUUGAGGCACAAAGUCCAAGGCGACCCUAGUCACCCCGGUUUGUCCCGGUUCCCAGGUCUAGAGACAUGACUCGACAGCGCGCUCCCCCGGCCCCGGGGACCGGAGCUCCGCUGAGCGGGUCGGUGCUGGCAGAGGCGGCAGUGGUGUUUGCAGUGGUACUGAGCAUUCACGCAGCCGUAUUGGACCGAUACUCGUGGUGCGCCGUGGCUCUCGCAGUGCAGGCUUUCUACGUCCAGUACAAAUGGGACCGGCUGCUACAACAGGGAAGCGCUGUCUUCCAAUUCCGAAUGUCUGCAAACAGUGGCCUCCUGCCUGCUUCGAUGGUCAUGCCUUUGAUCGGACUUGUCAUGAAAGAGCGCUGCCAGGCCGCUGGGAACCCAUACUUCGAGCGCUUUGGAAUUGUGGUGGCAGCCACUGGCAUGGCAGUGGCCCUCUUCUCAUCAGUGUUAGCACUGGGCAUCACUCGCCCAGUGCCCACCAACACUUGUGUCAUCUCGGGCUUGGCUGGAUGUGUUAUCACUUAUAUCAUGAAGCACUCAUUGAGUGUGGGUGAGGUCAUCGAGGUCCUGGAGGUCCUGUUGAUCUUCGUCUACCUCAACAUGAUCCUGCUGUACCUGCUUCCCCGAUGCUUCACCCCUGGGGAGGCACUGCUGGUGUUGGGUGGCAUCAGUUUCAUGCUCAACCAGCUUAUCAAGCGCUCUCUUACCGUGGUGGAAAGCCAGGGGGACCCAGUGGACUUUCUCCUGCUGGUGGUAGUGAUAGGGAUGGUACUGAUGGGCAUCUUCUUCAGCAUCCUCUUUGUCUUCAUGGACUCAGGCACCUGGGCCUCCUCCAUCUUCUUCCACCUUAUGACCUGUGUGCUGGGCCUUGGCGUGGUCCUGCCCUGGCUGCACUGGCUCAUCCGCAGGAAUCCCCUGCUCUGGCUUCUUCAAUUCCUCUUCCAGACGGAAACCCGCAUCUACCUCCUAGCCUACUGGUCUUUGCUGGCCACCUUUGCCUGCCUGGUGGUACUGUACCAGAAUGCCAAGCGGUCAUCUUCUGAAUCCAAGAAGCACCAGGCCUCCACCAUUACCCGGAAGUAUUUCCACCUCAUUGUGGUAGCCACCUACAUCCCAGGUAUCAUCUUUGACCGACCACUGCUCUACGUGGCAGCCACUUUAUGUCUGGCAGUCUUCAUCUUCCUAGAAUAUGUGCGCUAUUUCCGUAUUAAGCCCCUAGGCCACACUCUGCGGAGCCUCCUCUCCCUCUUCCUGGAUGAACGAGACAGUGGACCGCUCAUCCUGACACACAUCUACCUGCUGCUGGGCAUGUCUCUUCCCAUUUGGCUAGUCCCCAGACCCUGCACACAGAAGGGUAGCUUGGGAGGAGCAAGGGCCUUAGUCCCCUAUGCUGGCGUCCUGGCUGUGGGUGUGGGUGACACUAUGGCCUCCAUCUUUGGCAGCACCAUGGGGGAAAUCCGCUGGCCUGGAACCAAAAAGACUUUUGAGGGGACCAUGACAUCUAUAUUUGCCCAGAUCAUUUCUGUAGCUCUGAUCUUAAUCUUUGACAGCGAAGUGGAUCUAAACCAAAGUUAUGCUUGGAUUUUGGGGUCCAUCAGCACAGUGUCCCUCCUAGAAGCAUACACUACACAGAUAGACAAUCUCCUUUUGCCUCUCUACCUCUUGAUAUUGCUGAUGGCCUAGCUGCUGUGCAGCAGCGAUGGAGGAAACAGGGACAUGGGAAGGAUGAAUUGUCCCAACAGCAGCCAGCAACUUGGGCAUGAGGAGCCAAGGGGUGAGAAGCAGAUUUGAUUUUUCAGUUGAUUCAGAUUCAAAAUAAAAAUUAAAGCUCUCCU